UCCCGCGGGCGGCGGCGGCUGCCGGGCGGUGUCGUGCGGCCCCCCGCGCCCGUGCGGGGACUAUGAAGCACCAUGGUGUGGUGUGACCGUGGCGUCCAGAUGCUGCUGACCACAGUGGGAGCUUUUGCCGCCUUCAGCCUCAUGGCCAUCGCCAUCGGUACCGAUUACUGGCUCUACUCCAGCGCCCACAUCUGCAACGGCACCAACAUCACGACGGACGAGGCGCAGGGACCGCCGCGGCGGGCUCGGGGCGACCUCACGCACUCGGGGCUCUGGAGGAUUUGCUGCCUCGAAGGAAUCUACAAAGGACAUUGCUUCCGAAUCAACCACUUCCCUGAAGACAAUGACUAUGACCAUGACAGCUCAGAAUACCUUCUCCGCAUUGUCCGUGCCUCCAGUGUAUUCCCCAUCCUAAGCACAAUCCUGCUGCUGCUGGGAGGACUCUGUGUUGGAGCAGGAAGGAUUUACAACAGCAAAAACAACAUUAUUCUCAGCGCUGGGAUUCUCUUUGUUGCAGCAGGACUAAGUAAUAUCAUAGGGAUCAUUGUCUACAUAUCAAGCAACGCAGGUGACCCAAGUGACAAGCGAGAUGAGGACAAAAAGAACCAUUACAACUAUGGCUGGUCCUUUUAUUUUGGAGCCUUGUCUUUUAUUGUGGCCGAAACCAUAGGUGUUCUGGCUGUGAACAUUUAUAUUGAGAAGAACAAAGAGCUGAGGUUUAAGACCAAGAGGGAAUUCCUUAAGACUUCUUCCAGUUCUCCUUAUGCCAGGAUGCCAAGUUAUAGGUACAGGAGGCGGCGAUCCAGAUCCAGUUCUCGUUCUACAGAGCCUUCUCCAUCUAGAGACAUUUCUCCAGUUGGCAUGAAGAUAGCAAGCACCAUCCCCAUGAACGAGAUUUCCAUGUACACUCUUUCCAGAGAGCCUUUGAAGGUUACAACUGCUGCCAGCUACAACGCAGACCAAGAAGCCAGUUUUCUGCAGGUUCACAACUUCCUUCAGAAGGAAUUUAAGGAAGGACUCCAUGUCAACAUGGUCAACAGGAGAACGACGCCCGUUUGAAUCACCUUCCUUCCCCACGCUUUCUGAAGAGAUACCAACGCAGAAUGGAUCUGUCAUGACAGAGAAGGAGCAAUGUCAAAAUACCCUCUCACCUCUUUAAUUGUGGCAUUUGUUGAGGUAGCAAGUGGAGAUCCUCUGGACCAGCAUAAAGAUAUUACACACUCGUAGCUUUUCAUGAAGCUAUUUGGAGUUUGUUUCUUUCAGUUCUUGAUGUCACAAGAUGAAGGCGGUUCGUGUUCCUGCACUUCUGUAGUGUGUACAAAGUCUUGGAGAAACUGCAAAGAACUUGCCACCAGUGUGUUUUAAAGAAUUACAGAAAAAAAAUGUGGUAUGACUUCUUUUUUUUUUUUCUUUCUUUCUUUUCUUUUUUUUUUCUAAUACUGAGAUCCCUUACUACAAACUUGCAGAUCUAAUUUAUAACCAAGCCCAAGGAUGAAUACAAACGACUCAUCAAGUGAGCCACUUUCCUUUGACACAGCAGAAGCUUUGCCUCUUUCAAAAAAGAAAAAAAAAAAUAAACAAAGAAAAAGAAAAAAUAUUUUUGAAGGCAACACUUUCUAAAGCUGACCUGUGCUAUGGAAACCAUAGAGCACCCACGUACUUACAGACUCCCUGAUGGAGUGGUAAGAGGGUCUGCUGCUUCUGGAGGUGGCAACACAGGUCAGGGAGAAGAGGGUGAGUGCGUCUUGAAGCACCUAGAAAGGGAAAGAUUGAAGUAGGUGGGACUUGAGCAUAUUUGCAAAUAUCAUUUGUUGCCUAACAUUUAGAAAACUUGAAUUCUCAUUUCGACUAGCCCUAGUGCCUGAUCUGGCAAGGUGCUGAGUGCUGUCCGUCAGGAGCCCCUGUAGACUGCUUGCAGCGAGAGCGAGCCGCAGAGCUGAGCCAGGGUGGUGCAGGUGGUGCCACCGGUUCCCUGCGACUGCGUUCCUGCUUUCCUUACUGCUUCACAAGUGCAACACUAACGCUUCUGGAAACUAAGCUAGCUAAGCGAUGGGCCCGAGAAGAGGAGAAGCUGACACAUUGGGACUAGCCAACCUUCCUGCAGCGGUGGGAGCUGGGUGGUAAAAGAGCGCAGAUGACAACUUUGUAUUUUUUAAAAUAGAACAAAAAAAAAAAAAAAGAAAAAAAUAAUCAGCAUUUAGGAGAUAUUUAUUAAACUCUUUUUAUUAUGAAUAAGUGCCGCAUGGUGCAAGGUAUAGUUGCUUUUUGGUGGCAAUGAUGGUUCGACCUAAUUUAAUUUAUUUUGUAAUGAUGAAUCUACUUCCGUGCAGAGAGCCCACAGAAAACUCUAUGCAUCACCUGAGGGGGGACCCACUUUGUGCCCUUGGCUUCUCUAUCUUUCUGAAAUGUCCAAAAUACUCUUUUUCUUCUUUUAAAUUCCUACUUGCCUUC